CUGAUUUAUAAAAAAAUUCAAGGUAAAGUUCUACUCGAUACAUAUUAGUUUUAUGAAACCAGGGAGCAGCAAGCAAACUCUGUGCCAAUGGGACCUGCGGUGGAGCUAUGGAAGGAAAGAGAGAUGGAUAAAACGAGAAAGAAGUACGAGAGGCUAAGCGAGAAGAUUAUGUUAUGGGAAGACAAGAAGAAGAAAAAAGCAAAGAGAAAGCUUCAUAGAACAGAGAGAGGUGUUGAAAAGGCAAAGUUGAAGGCGAAGCAGAGGUUCAUAGAUGAUAAUGAACGCAUUGAGAUCAUUGUUGCAAGUGCAAGAACACAUGCAUAUGAGAGUCAAAUGAAGGAAGUGUUGAAGGUUAAGGAGAAAGCAAACCUCAUGAGAACAACAGGGAGGAGUCCAUGUGCAUGCCUUUGAAUACUGCAAACUGCAAGAAAUGCGAAGCUAAACAUUCUUUCUUAACUGCUUAUAAUUAUUGUUGAAUAUGUAAAAGGCAGACACAACUGAGGUGUCACAAUCUAUAGAGUAUUAGAGAGAUAACACAUGAUCAAUCAUCAAUUACGUCACAAAUCAGGAAACAAUAACUUAAAGUUGCACAAUAGUACUAGAACUCAAAAUCACAAAUACAAUUCCCAA